GUUUCUGUAUUUCUGAAAAUGUAGAUAAAAGGAGGAAAAAGGUUUCAUUUUCAUAAACCCUACUUCCCCUUUUUCCCCCGCUCCUCUCAGAACUCAAAAUCCCAGACACAGAAAGAGAGUCUUGCAAUCUCUUUUCUCGUCAAAAUGUCGAUGUCGAAGAGUUCCAAGAUGCUUCAGUAUAUCAAUUACCGAAUGCGGGUGACAAUCCAAGAUGGCCGUCAGCUUAUCGGCAAAUUCAUGGCCUUCGAUCGACACAUGAACCUUGUCCUCGGGGAUUGCGAAGAGUUCCGCAAACUUCCGCCCACUAAGGGCUCCAAGGAAGAACGCGAAGACCGCCGCACGCUCGGCCUCGUCCUCCUCAGAGGCGAAGAAGUCAUUUCACUCACCGUCGAGGGUCCACCUCCCCCUGACGAUUCCCGCCUAAAGCCCACUUCCGCAAACGCUAUUCCCGGCCCCGGAAUUGGCCGCGCCGCAGGCCGAGGCGUCAUUACUGGCCCACUAACCCAGGCCCAGCCGGGCCUUGCGGGGCCCGUUCGGGGAGUCGGUGGGCCUGCUCCAGGUAUGAUGCAGCCACAGAUUUCUCGGCCGCCUCAGAUUUCCGGUCCACCGGUUUCUUACCCUCCCCAGCCGCCGGUUGUAAGGCCCCCUGCUAUGGCUCCGCCGCCGGAGGUUUCCCUCCGAGGCCUGGAUCCGAUGCCUCCGCCGCCGCAGUUCAGGCCGGGGAUGCCGCCUCCUGGCGGGUUUGCUCCUCCGCCUCAGUUUGCACAGAGGCCGCAGAUGGUGCCACCGCCUCAGAUGAUGAGAGGUCCACCACCGCCUGGUGGACCGCCAAGGCCUGGUAUGCCUGGUGCUCCACCACCUGGCCAGCAGCCACCGAGACCUGGCAUGCCACCUCCGCCGGGUGGACAGGCUCAGAUAUUUGGUCCGCCCAGACCAGGGAUGCCACCUCCACAGAAUCAGCAGUAGUAGUGAUAAUGCUUUCAUUAGGGGUUUGUCCAGUUACUCGUCUGGCUGGAGUGAAGAUUACCUGAAAAUUUGCUUUGGCUGGACUUGGACGCUCCAUGCUUUCUAGUCAUGAGAUGUUCCUGUGAAGAUUAGGAUUUCAUUGUGAAGUUGUCUGGGCAUAGUAUGACCAUGAAAAUAUAUUUUGUCUUAGCAAAGUCUUCCUUAUGAAUUUGAACUGCACCGUGACUUGAAGAUGCUGAUUACGUACAUUAAACACAACCGCGUAUCCCAUUCUCAUCAACCUCAGUGUCUCUGUUCAUUUUAUGUGAAUUGUUUUGCUAGAGAUAAUAUUACCCUAUGUUUUCUUCCAUGUAGCUAAUGCUUUGUCUUAUUUUGAUAAUUAGAGUUGAUGAAUUUGACAAGUUGUAUCCAAACUAGAUCUGGUGAUACUCUAGUCUAGACCCUCUGUUUGGGUGGGAAAUUGGAAUCUUGUCUCCUUAUCAAAUGCCAUGUAUUUUCAGCUCAAAUUGACAAGUUUAACAAA